AUGAGCUCGAUGGGCCAUGCUGGAAGCUCGAUGCUCACACCGAUAAGCAGGUUUCAUGCUAUCCAAACUCCCAGCCCCAAUUCUACAAAACAUGCUCGAGAGUAUAACAGUUUACAACUAAGCCUCAAAAGCGUCGUCGGUACCACUUCAAAUUCUGUUAAUGCCUUUGAUGCGCUUCCUGAACGCCACAGCUUUGUCUGUUGCGCCGGCUCCGCCGCUGUGCUUUCUCGAGUCGAUGAGCAUCUCAAUAUCAUCCAGCGACUAUUCAGGGCCAGACCGAAUGCAUUACCAGUCAAUGCAACUCCAUCAUUCUACAAUCCAGCAACGCCACCCAGUACUCCGGGAAAGAGUCGACAUGGAUCGCCUCUCAAGGACGGAGGUUGUGGGACAAUACAAAACAGCUUGCUGGACUAUCCUCCAGAUUCACCAAGUCAUGGUAGGCCCAACAACCGGAGCAGAGAAACAUCUAACAAGUGCAGUAAUGUGCAUCGUGUUACGUGGCUGGGUCACAGCGUAGUCAGUAUUGGAAUUCGCCAUGCCAAGGUCUGGCGGAUUCCUCUCGAAUUGGACAAUAAUGGCAUAGGACCACAUGGGAGUCUAACGCCAAAGGCUUUUGCAGGGCGGAAUUGCGUACUUGGACCUCUGAUGGAUGCAACAUUUACCAGCGUCGCCGCGAUCUCCGACUGUAAGGCUAUCCUCUGUACUGCGCAAGGCGAUAUCUGCCUUCUGGACGACAGCCACCGGACGCAGCGACUUGAGAGAGUUGCUCAGGUCGACUUUGGCAUCCUCUGCGUUGUUUUCGAUCAUAUGUACGGGCUUGUUUGGAUUGGAGGCAGGCAAGGCACUAUGAGGUCCUUGCAUCUAGAUACCUUGAUCAAGCCUACAAUACCAACAGUCCCACAUGGUACCACUUUGCCUUUCUCCUCAACCAGCUCAGACAUGGUGCCUGAUAUUAUGGCUAUCGGGCUCGUGCGCGGUAGAGUCAUCACAAUUGACUCCCACCGAAUUAUUGAGAUUCAGGGAGCAGCAGACACCGAAAGAGCUUCUGGGGUUUCCGAUUCCAAAAGACUGCCUGCCCACGAGAGUGCUGUACUUGGGGUGUCCAGCCUGCUGCCCAAAUCCAGGGUCGAUGGCCCUGAUUUUCUUACCUUUUCAGCAAGAGGUACUGUACUAUUCUGGUUGCUCGACGGUACAUGCACUGGCAGUAUGAAGAUUCCUCUGGAGCAGCCAGUCUAUCCAGAAGAUGGCGAUACCAAUGAUCUAAAGAUAGUGGUUCCUUUAGGGUCUGACGAGCAUCUGCUUUCAGGCGAUAAAAUCGGUGUUUUGCGACUCAUUGAUCGAUCUGCCGACACGGACGUGGCUGUUCAGGCGCAUAGCGGAGAUAUGAAUGGCAUAGCUGUCGCCAACACAGCGGGUUUGACUAUCGUUGCGACUUGUGGACGAGAUAGGACCUUGCAGCUUUUUCGGAAGCAUGAAUCCCGCCUGGACCUUCUUCAGACCUUGAAUGACCAUGCGGCAGCCGUUGGCGACGUUAAAUUUUUAGACAAGGCCACUCUCAUAUCGAUAUCAUCAGACAGGACGAUAAUUGUGCGAAAGCUAGCCCAUGGAGAAGAGCAGUCGAUAGCGUUUUUAUCCAUCAGGGUCAUCACACUCAAGGCCAGCCCCGUGUCCCUCACAGCGGUACCUGCCGAGCCGAACGUAGUGUCGGUUUCCACAUUGGACAGGCAAAUUCUGAGAUAUAAUGUGUCUUCUGGCCGUCUUCUGCACAGCUUCAAGCCUUCAGACCCUAUGAGCGGCGACAGCGUGAUGAUGAGCUCGCUAGAGGUACACGAGCUCGAUGACUUGGCAACAGCGUCGCGCUUACUUUUGGGCGUCUCUUCCACCGACAAGUCCAUUAGAAUUCACGAAUACGACUCGGGAGCAAUGUUGACUAGAGAGUAUGGACAGAAUGCGGUUUCCGCUAUCAAGCUCCUCCGAAGAUGUGUACAAGGCGAGCCUCCUCGUAAUCACCUAGUCAGCUGUGGCCUUGAUGGUACAGUGAUGACGUGGGGUUUGUCUUGCAACCCGCCAAAACCAACUGGAUCUCACGAUACCCCCAAUGGCGAAGAAUCACCUUCGAGACAAACACCGCCAUCCGCCCAACCUCUGAGACAAAUUCUGUCGAAGGCAGAACUCUCAGAGUUCCAGAAAUCUUUGGCAAGCCAGGGCGACACAAUGACUCCGAUACGAGCAUCUUCUUCGUCUCGCGUCCGACGCAAGAUUUCCAGAUAUACUUUGGCUGCUGUGCCCAAGAUCUCCGCUCCGGCAUUUCCACUCCCUGUAGGCGCUUCGCUGUCUCCUGCAAAUGGAAGAAUUCAGCGCCAGACCUCGCAAGACCACUCACGGGCCCCAUCAAGUCAGAAGAAUGCUUUCAGCUCUAGCUCUAAACCUCCUUCUUUGGACAGUCGACGACGGACCAAGAGCGCAGCGAACCUCAACGAUCUUAAUGAGUUGGGGGAGCAGAUGUGCAUAUCAUUGCGUACGUUCCGAAAUAGGAUCACCUCGUCAUCAGUGGCCAAGCUCGAGCAUGGCACGCUUCAAGAGCUGGCUAAGGAGCUCAACCUUACCAUUCGUGCUCUCAAUCAGAAUGCGAGUAGCAAGUGUGUAGGCGGCGAGCCUAUGGGGGCCGACGUCCUAGAUGUGUACCUGGCUAAAAUGAUAGAUGAAAGAUUGUCUAUGAAAGCAAAAUCUCAAGAGAUUAAAUUCGUUGAUGGCCCGCAGACUGAAGCGAAGAGCCUUGAGGAGCUUGUUAACCGGAAUGCUGGUGAACAGGAGGGAGCCUUGGAAUUGGAAUAA